AUCUAGUUAGUCGCUCUACGAAAGCCCUAAAUAAAUCACAAUUCUUCAAAAUGAAAUUCGCUGCUGUAAUUUGCCUGCUCUUUGCACUGUUCGGCGUGUCCUUGGCUCUUAAGGAUUCCAUUUGUGGUCUGCCACCUGCAGCCGAUGGCAACGGUUUGAUCAAGUGCGCCGCUUUCAUGCCUAGCUGGAGCUACUAUCCUGAAGAAAAUGCAUGCAAGAAAUUCAUUUAUGGCGGAUGCGGAGGCAAUGAUAAUCGGUUCGGCACUGAGGAGCUCUGCGCAUCCAAGUGCGUGGAGUAAGAUUGCAAAAUGGAAACUUGUGCUGUGUCUUAAUAAAUAAAUUCGUUGAAUGAAAUUUAAAAA